AUGACGCAGUCAGCGUACGCAUCCCCCAUUGACAUUUCCAGUUUUACCGACCUCGUAGUGGCCAAAGAGGUUAAUCAAUCCCCCCGCGAUAAAGUUAUCGAGUGUGCAUUCGCCCUAGACAUCGGCGGCUCUCUGGCCAAACUCGCCUACCAACACACUUUUCGCUACAAAGUCUGUGUGCCUAAGGAACUCUCGGACCCUCAUUCCAAGCGUCGCUCAACCAUCUGCGGUCCCUUUGAGUUCUAUGACUACCGAGAGCACGAAUAUGAGGGUCAUAAACUUUGUUUUACUAAGUUCGAGACGCGUCACAUUGAUGCCUGUCUUGAAUUUAUCCGUUCCACCAUCCUACCAGCCUACACAGACGUUGGUAGAGAAUCCAUGCGUCUAGUAGGUCGUGUUACCGGUGGUGGAUCUUUUAAGUACAUGCCAAGUAUCCUUGAGAAACUGGGAGAUGUGGAAAUCGAACGGGAAGAUGAGAUGGCCUCCCUGGUGCGAGGAUGCACCUUUUUGCUGCGAAACAUUCCUGAUGAGGCGUUCAUCUACGAUAAGAGAGCCAUGCCAUCGCAGAUAUUUCUUUCUUCCUUCAUGGUGAACACCGCUCCCUUCCUCCUUGUGAACAUUGGGUCAGGAGUGAGUUUUCUCAAGGUAGAAGCAGAUGCUUCCUAUAAACGCGUAGGCGGUACUUCACUGGGUGGUGGAACCUUUUGGGGAAUCGGAAGUCUUCUCGCUGGUGGUCAGAUGUCUUUCGACGAGUUGCUGGAGUUAGCGGACAAGGGCGAUCAUCGACAGGUGGAUAUGCUUGUGAAGGACAUUUAUGGCGGAGCUUACGAGUCACUGGGCCUGGCGGCCGAUGUAAUCGCCAGCUCCUUCGGUUUGGCCGCACGGCGACCUAACGAGACACGGAGGCCAGCGGAUAUGGUCAAAGCGUUGCUGGUGGCCAUUAGCAACAACAUUGGUCAAUUGGCGUGUCUUUAUGCUCUUCAAAAUGGUGUUCGACGGAUCCUCUUCGGUGGUUUCUUCAUUCGCGGUCAUCGACUCACUAUGGAGGCACGUUUCAAAAGUGGUUAA